AUGGCAGAAUUCGGGUUGCAACAAGAAAUGAAGCCUAGAGUGAAGCCUCGUCUUGUCAUUCAUGGAGGAGCGGGCAACAUUCAUCCCGACACUUAUCCUCCGGAGAAGUUCCAAGCUUAUCGCAAAGCCCUCGUUGAAAUUGUUGCAAGAACUGACCAGUACAUGAGAAGACAAGAUGAAGGCGUUUCAGAAAAGUCACCCAGGAAGUUCCCUUCAGCCUUGGAAACAGCAACCUACGCUGUCCGUCUCCUUGAGAACAGUCCAUUGUUUAAUAGCGGCCAUGGAGCUGUCUUUACGCGCGACGGGUUCAAUGAGCUGGAAGCUUCGGUGAUGGUAUCUCGUGGCCACAAGAAGCAAGGUGUAGGCGUUAUGGGCCUUCGCCAUGUAAAGAACCCUAUCCUUCUGGCCCGCGCGAUGCUUGAGCAUGGGGAAGACGAUCUCGAACCACGACCUCAGGACGUCAGUUCCGGCAGAUUGAACAUCCCGUCUGCACAAGGUCAUGUACAGCUUCAUGGCGAGGCAGCAGAACAGCUGGCGGGACAAUAUGGGUUGGAGUUAGUCGACCAGAGUUAUUUUUACACUCAACAUCGCUGGGAUGAGCAUAUCCGAGGACUGGAGAGAGAGCAGAGUGGCCAGGGCCAAGCAACGUGGAGCGUAGAUGAGUAUGUCUCACAGGGUACUUGCGGGGCUGUUGCCCUUGACCAGGAUGGUGUCAUCUGCGCCGCGACGAGUACAGGAGGCCUUACAAACAAGCUGACCGGGCGUAUUGGUGAUACGCCUACCAUUGGGGCGGGUUUCUGGGCUGAGGAAUGGACUGAAGAUGGUGAUCCGACAGGGCCAUCGACGUGGGACCGCUUAAAAUGUAGUAUGAGCCAGUCAGGCCCAUGCCUAGUACUCAGCAAUGCUUUCAGAGGAGCGAUGGCAGAUUUCCUGCCUACUCCCGCCAUGUACACUCCUUUCGGUGCAGGCACAUACACAACAAGGUCAUUUGGUGGGUCUGGUACUGGCAACGGCGACUCGUUCCUGAGAACAAAUGCUCUGCGAACAGUUGCAGCUAUCGCAAGAUGGAAGCCAGAAUCGGGAGCAAAGGCUGUAUCCCGUGUUGCAGGUCAAGGGGGGGAGUUACAGAGGAACGCAGGGGACAGAUGGCAGCGGACGGGUGAGGGCCAAGGUGGCAUCAUCGGUAUCGAAAGCGUUGUGGUUCGCGAUGCCAGUGGUCGCGUAGUCGAGACUCGAUCUGAUAUUCUGAUGGACUUUAACUGUGGCGGUAUGUUUCGUGCGUGGAUUGAUGGCAAGGGAAAGCCUCAGGUGAGUAUAUUUAGCAAUGAGCCAUAG